GUUCCUAACUCGAUUGAACAAUACCGAUGUAUUAUAAAUUGUUUGCAUGGAAAUGUAUGGAAAUCGAUGCGAGAUAAAUCAUCUAGAUGCAUCAAACUUAUUAUGAAGUUCAUGUUUUAUUUAGAGUCAUAUUAGAUUGACUAAUCAAUGACAUUGAAAAAAUCAUAGGCAUUCUUGCCAAGCAAACAACCUUAACAUAAGAGACAUGUUAAGUUUUCUGGCAAGAGUAUACUCCCUGGUUUGUUCCGACAACUAAAGACAAAAUGUAGAAUCUAAUGAAACAAAUAUACCUUGGUGAACAUCGUCACAUUGGUUAAUUCUAUGUUUGUGACAACUGUUUUUGUCUUGUUCACAUUCCUUUUACUAUAAUCCUUCACUUUUGUAAUCCAAUGUUUUGGGCCUCUCCCCAAGAGUUCAGCUAUGGGUUCCACUCGCUCAGAUGAUGGCUCUGCCAUACACAAAGAACGCUUACGCUGGACACAACAACUCCAUGAUCUCUUUGUGGACGCUGUAAAUAGGCUUGGGGGCCCUGAUAGGGCAACACCAAAGGGCAUAUUGAAGGUAAUGAAGGCUAUGGAUAUUUCAAAUUUGAACAUUUAUCAUGUCAAAAGCCACUUGCAGAAAUACAGGAUUUCCAAGUUGAUUCCAGAAUCCACCACUAGAGGAAAGAUUGAGAAGAGAGGUGUAUCACAUAUACUUCCAAAUUUCUGUUCUAUAUCAGCUCUUCAGUUAAAGGAAGUCCUUCAAAUGCAAGCAGAGGUGCACGAACGCAUGAAUGACAGAGUUGAGGUUCAGAAAAGCUUGAAGAUGAAAAUUGAAGCACAAGGAAAGUACCUAGAUAGAAUUGGACAGAGUAGUCAGAUCAAAACAAUUACAAGAAAAGCUUGCAAGUCUUUUGUUGGUAGAGCUACACCUCUGCCCUCUCUUUCCGAGGAAUCUGAAUCCUUAAGAACACAAUCAGAGGAAGAACAUCGAACAGCCAAAAAGAAAAAGAUCACCGAAGAUGAUGACAGUGUUUUUCCUGCAGAUUUUGAACUAGGAUCAUCUACAAUCUCAGAAUUCUGCAACCAAACUUUGAAUCUUUCUUGGAGCCAGCUAGCUGAAGCAACAUGCCAAUCACCUUUGGUGACUAGUUUCAUAUUAUAG